AUGCGUAUCUCCUCGUUCGCCUACCAUUUUCUGGCCUUUGUGCCCUCCUUGAGUCUCGCCCAAGCCACUACAGCUCUCGUUGAAUACUAUCCUUUCGAGAUUGUCUGUAGUGGACAGACAGUCCUUUCCACUUCAACCACGACGCGCCUCAUUCCCGGAAACUCUACUGGUACUUUCUUUUCUCCCACGUCGUCUCCUACUUCUGGUAUAUACACUACGGACAUCGUGACUGCCAAUGUUACCACUCCCAUCUUCAAAACUGGAAUGGCAACAUGCGCUACUUGUCCCACCCCAGUCACUGAGUUUGUCCCGCCCAACUUUGCUCGUUACGGAAUCUACACUACGACUCAGACAGCCAACGUGACAACACCGGUCUUCAUUACUGGUACUCCAACCUGCGCUACUUGCUCGACUCCAGUCACCGAAUUGGUUCCCCCAAAUUCGUCUGGAACUGGUGCGAUUCCUUCAAAGUCUUCCUCAUCUACUUCCAUGUCGUCUUCUUCUAGCAUGAGUCCCAGCUCGUCGCCUACCAGAAGUUCUAUGUCGUCUUCUUCUAGCAUGAGUCCGAGCUCAUCGCCUACCAGCAGCUCCAUGUCGUCUUCUUCUAGCAUGAGUCCGAGCUCAUCGCCUACCAGCAGCUCCAUGUCGUCUUCCUCAAGCAACAGCCCCAGCUCGUCGCCUACUGCCAGCCUCACUACCAGCUCGUCUUCUUCGUCCAGCAGCUCCAGCACCUCUUCUUCAACCCCUACACCAAGCAAUGCGUGCGCCAUCAGACAGUGUGCACCAGGAGCUUUGACUGUCAAGGGGUAUUACAAUUCAUACGUCCUUGCAGAUGCAUACGCAGCCAAGGAUGGUCACUCGGGUGUCGGUCCUGACUACUAUCUUGAUCAGAAUCUCCAGCCCCUCAACACUGGUACUACCACUAAUAUGAGCGUUCCAGCCACCUAUGGCUCAGGUAACGAGACAUAUGUGGAUGGUGGUGAUGAUAACCAGAUUCCGUACUAUGCUGACACAACGGCAAUGUACGGAGGAUUUGAGUACAACCCCAACAACUUCACAUUCGUUUGGACUGGUUACUUUGUGCCGCAACAGUCUGGAAGCUAUCAGUUCUGUCUCGACUAUGCAGACAAUGAACAAGCCUUCUACAUCGGAAGUGACACCGCUUUCCCUUGUGGUGACUCCUCAAACGCAGCCACCCCCCGAAAUGCACAAGCCUAUGAGCGAUACUGGUUUGCGAGCUCUGACUAUAACCAAGCUGUUUGCAAGAACAUGACUCUGACUGCUGGGUUCUACUAUCCGAUCAGAGCCGUUUAUGGCACGAUGGACUUCCAGCAUCUUCUCAGUUCCAGCCAGUUUCGGUGGAGACUUGGCCGCGAAUCUGCAAUACUUGCCAACAUUCCAGGAAUCGUCAUGGUUCAUCUGCACACGUUGAGGAAUAAGCGAGACUUUGUCCUAUGGGACUGA